GCCGGAUGUUAUGGAAGUGUACGGUGCACAGACUUGGGUAUGGUGUUUACAUCUGAACUAGGGAGAUUCGUCUAUCCGAGAAAACAGUAUUUUAUUUCCAGUAUUAUCACGCAGGGCAAUGAAAUUGUAGUCUCUUGAAAGAAAAUGAGCAUGAAGUAGGAAAUUUUGGUGCGUUAGACUGAAGUAGAUAUAAAAAGUGAACCAAAAGAUCUGCGACACAAGUCAAAGAUAGACCAACAACAGUAAUGGAUACUGAGGAAGUUUACCCAACGCCCGAUGAAUCAUCGCAGGAAUGUGGAAAUUCACCACCAUCUUCACAGAUGGAAUUCCAGACAAUAAAUAUGAGUCAUGGAAACACAUUAAAACAUUCUUCUGAGGAUAAAGAUGAAGCCGAGAUAAAUGCAGAGCCACCUGCAAAAAUACCUCGCCUGACAUAUGAACAGGAAACAGAGCAUGUUGGUUGUGCAGAUUCUGGUGGUUCCUCUGUAGCAGAUUCCAAGGAUGAUGAUGAUGGUGACAUGGUAGAUUCACCUUCAAGUGAGAAAAACAUGUGUCCACUUCCUCUUCAUAUAGAAGAUGAGGAAAGAAUGGAAAAAUAUGGAACACAUGAGUUUGAAAUUAUUGAUGAAGUUGCAGCAGAUGACGAUGGGAAAGAGGAAAAUGAGCAGGACAGUGAUGACUCUCUUGAUGACAGCGAACUUUAUGCAUUGCUGGAGGAGGGUAUUACUAAGGACUCAAUCUCUGGACUGCAGAAACCUAUAGAAAGGGAGAAAGUUGUACUUGUUGAGAGAGGGCAUGACCCUUUUGACAUACUGCCCGAAGGAUGGAUUGUUGUCACACAUAACAGUGGCAUGCCUGUUUAUCUUCACCGUGAGUCUCGAGUCUGCACUUUAGCACAACCAUACUUUUUGGGCUCGGGCUCUGCUCGGAAACAUGACAUUCCUGUUAGUGCUAUUCCAUGUUUGAAAUAUCGCCAAGAACUAGAGAAAGAGAGACAGCAAGAGCAAGCACAAGAAGGCAAAGCUGAAACAAAAGCAGAGAUUGAAGAACAGGAACCCACUCCUUGUCUUGAAGCUCCAGCAUCUGACAGCCUUGAAGUGAACGAUUUGAAACAGAAUGGAAAUGGAGAGGCAGUUUCAGCAGUCACACAGCCACAAAAGUGUAGCAGUGUAGAAAACACUGAACCAAACACAAAAGACCUCAGGAGUGUAGCACAACAAGAACUAAAUGUAAAACAGGACAGCACAACUGACACAACUGGCAAAGAUGUGGUUACUCUAGAGGCACGUACCUCGCAGUCUGAUCUUGUUAACUGCUUUCCAAGUGUAAAGAUUAAGUCUGCAGAUGAAAUGAAGAAAGAAACUUCCCUAGAUUAUCUCAAAGUUCGAGACUACUGCAAACAGUUAUUUGAAUUCAAAACAGUUACUGUUCAGCGAUAUAAAACAUGGCGUGAUCGUCGUAAGUACAUGGAAUCAAAGAAGCAGUCACGUCCUGAACUGCCAUCCAGCACAAAACUCAUCACUUGUUCACUCCCUCCAUCAGCAGCAUCGAGGGAGAAGAAAAAGAACAAGGGUAAAGAGUUUUUUCUCAAUCCAUCUGGCAAAUCAUAUGUCUGCAUUCUUCAUGAGUAUGUUCAACACACGAUGAAAGUCCAGCCUUUUUAUAUUUUUAGAGAAUUAGAAAAUUCAAAAACACCUUAUAGUGCAACUGUUAUGAUCAAUGAUAUGGAAUAUGGAUCUGGCUCUGCCAUAAGUAAGAAAAUGGCCAAAAGUGAAGCAGCUAAAAAUACCUUAAAAAUUCUCAUUCCUGAAAUGAAUAUGCUGACGGAUGAUCAGCUGCAGAAGAACACUGAUGACUUAUCAUUUUUUGAUGAGAUCAAGAUUGAAGAUCCUCGAAUCAGUGAAUUAGGAAAUAAAGCAGGGCAGCCAAGUCCCUAUCAGAUUCUCCGUGAAUGCCUCAGCAGGAAUUAUGGGAUGGGUGACACAGAAUGUGUUUUAGAUAUGAAACCACUAAAACAUCAGAACUGUGAAUUCACCAUAACUGUUGGGAAACACACAGCUACAGUGGUGGCCAAAAGUAAACGGAAUGGAAAGCAGAGAGCUGCCCAGGCUAUUCUGCAGAAACUACAUCCUCAUGUCCCAAGCUGGGGAUCCCUCCUUCGUCUUUAUGGUAAUACCUCAGACAGAGGACAGAAUGCAAAAAAAAAAGAAGUAAAUGAAGUAAAGAGUCAUCGACCAAACCAAGCCAUUCUGGACAGACUGAGAGAAGAAAUGAAGCAGCUUAAUGCCCAGAAGGUAAUGGCUGGUCCUGUGUUUGUGUUGGCACCUUUUGUAUUGGGUGGAAACAAAGCGUCUUUUGCUAUUUUAAGUUUUAGAUCACCAUGUUUUCUAGGCACCCAUAUUUCUAUCUUGUUUUUUCCCUCUCUGUUUUCUGUUUAGUACUUAUACAUUCACUUCUGCUUGCACUUUAAAAUUACAUUAGGAAGAUAUUACAUUAUGGCAAAUAUUUUAGGCAUUAAACCUAGGACUUGUAGCAAGGUCUCUUUGCAAUGCUUUAUUGGGCAGGUUGUUUUUCAGGAUGUGAUUUUCAUAAUGUUUACUGAGUGAUGUGUCUUAUCCUAUUCCCCCCUGUAAUGUACAGUUAAUAUGUAUUGUGAAUAAAUCACUGACAUCAAUAUAGUUUUAACAUAAAUGUUUGUAUUAUGUAAAACUUUAGUGAUGUCAUUAUUGUCAUUGCAAAAAGGAUAAGAGUACAGGAGUAAUCUAGAUAUCAGUCAGUGAGUGCUGAAGUGCAGAAUAAAGACUGCAAAUUGUCUAAAAUUUUAAUAGCAUGGACUCAUUAUUUUUUAAAUGAGUCCCUAAACAUUACACCACCUCUCCCUAAGAUGGAUGUGAUUAUUUGGGUUUAAUUGUAUUGGGUUUUUAAUUUUUUUCUAAGCUUUUGAAGCAGGGACAUUUUUUCAUGCAGUACAUGUACAAAAAGAAAUUCUCUCAGGAUGUUUAAGGCUUAAUUCUUUUCUUCGCUUCUUGCUUGUUGGUACAAAUGACGUACAGAAUAAAUGAAGUUUAAAGGUUAACAGAGGUAGCAUUCUACUAGUCUUUUCUAUCAUAUCAUUUAUAACUCCCUUGCAUUAUUUUCAAAAUAAUGUAUUUUAUGUAUUUUACUGUAUUCUUUUUCUUUUUUAC